AUUUGGCGGCAAAUUGCGACAUUGUUUUCACGGGGAAAAUCGUUUGAGGCUUUCAAAUCCCUUGUUACCAUGAUCAGGGGUUGGAUUUCUUCCGUUUCUUCCAAAAUAUCCAGGGCAUUAGGUGGUGCACUUGAUGCUGAGUUGGAGAGUGAAGAAGAUGUCAACACAUCAUCAGAGAUAGAACACAUUGAGGAGGGGGAGCUGGCAGAGCACACUUCUGAUGCCCCAGAGAACUUAACCCCAGAGGAGGGUGAUGACAAGGUCCCUAAGGAUGUUUUCCCAGGGGAGGAGAGUGAUGGUCAGGCAGUCACUACAGAGGAGGCAGUGGACAGUAGAAACAUACCACCUGUCAAACAUAACACCUCGGGAACUUGUGUGGAUAUCUGUCCUGAGGAAGUAACUAAUCAAACUGAGGAUGAGGGUGCAGGUUCAUUCAUUGUGGUGAGGGAGGAUGGGGAAGUCAAGAGACCAGUGGGAAUGGAUAACUCAGCAUGGGAAAACAUCUCAGUGGUCCAGGAAUCCAGUCCUGAGAAAGCUAUAAACUCAUCCCAGUCGAGUCCUGUCAGAGUGGAAUCAUCCAAGUCAAGUCCUGUAAGAAUAGAUUCAUCUGAGUUAAGUCCUGCGAGAGUGGAUUCAUCCAAGUCGAGUCCUGUAAGAAUACAGUUGUCUGAAUCUAGUCCUGCCAGAGUGGAUUCAUCCGAGUCGAGUCCAGUUAAAGCAGAGACACCUGAGGCAAGUGAAGAAAAACCUUUGGACUCGUCUGGAAGUAUUGAAGUAAUACAUUUGGAGGACUCAGAUUUAGUAUCAGAAGGAAAAAAUGGACAGCCCAGACAAUCCGUGUCUGAGAGUAUUGUGAUUAUUGAUGAGGAGGUCGAAAGUCAACCUGAGCCUCAUUGUGGUAGUGAUCUGGCAGUCACAGCAGCCAUGAUGGAGUCAGUGUGCCGAGAUCUGGAUGGGGCUGACUUAAGCAAAACUGAAAAGACAGAUAGUGAAGCCGAAGGGAAAGUAAAUAUAGAUGUAUUGACAAGUAAACAAGGUUCAGAGGAAAACAUGUUUUCAGAGGAAGUGAGGAACAGGAAGAUAUCAGAGGUACAGGAAGUCAGCAUGAUUCUGUCAGAGGAGGACACAUCUAUCAGUGUAGAAGAGCUGUCUCAGAAGUCCUCACAGUGUAAAGAUGAUGAUGAGGGCAGCAGAGAGGAGGAGCAAAAUAACAGCAAGCAACAGGAUAAAGAAAAUGCCUCUGAGAAGCAAGAAGAGAAUAUUUUCAUGAAAACUUUAAUUUCCUCAGAUCAUGAGCCCAAAAAGAUGCAGAAAGUAGAGAAGACAAAGUCUACAGAUGUAGAACCAGAGAACUAUCUGGAGUUUGUUUUACAGAAGACAGCACAAGGGGAGGUAGUCCCAGCCAAACAUCUCAUCUAUAAACUGGGCCUGCUAAAUGUGGACCAGAAAAUCAUUGAGUCUGCCAUACUAGACCAGUACAAAAUUGCCGUCAAACGCAAGUAUGUGGUUUGGAUUGAACACUGUAGGUACCAUGCUGAACUUCUCUUUUCUCCACCCUGGAUAGCAGAUCACUUGCCAAAACUUGGUAGUAACAGUUCAAAAGAAAAGAAAAGGUGGCAGGCUAGAAACCAGAGGAGGGCCAAGAGAUGGGAAAGAGAGGCCAGUGGUAUGUGUUGGGAUGUGAGAUUAGAGAAGGACCCAAGUAUUGACAUAGUGAGGGAGAAUGCUGCCAGUGACAGAGAGAACAUUACUGACAAGUCUAGUGCUGACCAAAAGACUGAAAUUCUAAGUGAGGCUGAUACGCUUUGUGAAGAACAAAGUGAGGGAGGUCAAGUUGAAGCAGAAGAAACAGCCACAGAGGAGGUUGAAGAAAGGGACAGUGAAAGGCCUAUUGACAAACUUAGUGCUAAUCAAGAAAAUGGAGACAAAAUUGGAGAAGAACAUGAUGAAAUGGGUCAACAUAUUCUUGAAGAAUCUAGUGCUAAACUUGUAAGUCCAGCUAUGGUUGGCAAAGCUGACAAACAGAAGAUUGACACACCUAGUGCUGAAGAAGAUUUCAGAGAAAAUCAUGACAUGAAAGAAAUCUGUGAAACAUUUAAAGAAAUAAAACAUAAGGUACCCAGUGCUGAACAGUCUGAUACAUCUACAAAACUGAAUGAGGAAGGGGGUGAAAAUGGGUUCAAACCUGAAGUUGUUGUUGAGCAAGUUGAUGUUGUGGUACAAAGGAAGAAGGUAUCGCCUUGUAAGAAGGGUAAAUCUGUGAAAGCCAGGGAGAUUGACUUUUCUGCUUGUAGAAGAGAGGGCAUGGAGAUGAUUGAGGAGAAAGAAUCCCAUUCUGGAAGAGAAAGGAGAAAAUCUGACUUGUAUGAAAAAAGGAAGGAUAGAGUAGAUGACAGUGUGUCAAGGGAGUCCAAGAAACCAAAGACAGAACAGGAUUCUGUGAUUAGUGAAUUGUCAAUGAAGCAGAGUAAGGAUGAAGAGGACACCAGUUUAAGUACAGACAAACAUGAUGUAUCAGAAAAUAAAAGAACAAUUCCCAGUGAUUCAGAAUUAUUCAAGGAAGUGGAAGAAUAUGCUAAUGAAAUUAUUCAGUCCAGCAUUGAUGCAUUGAGCCUUGAAGAGAACAAACCAACAGACACUAAUUCAAAUAAUGAACAGCAUCAGUCAGGCUCAACUGGCACAGUAAAUGAAAUCAUACCAAACUUGGUAGAAUUGUCAAUGGAGUCAAAAGAUGCUCAGCAAGAAAACAUAUUGACAAGUGAAAUAACAGCUGAUGCAUCCUCAAGGCUACCAAGAUUCGGUGAAAUGAAUGAAGCUGGAGAAUCGGAAAAUCAAGAUUUUAUAAAUCCAAGUAUACAGCAGGUCAUGUUUGAGGACAAGUCAGAGCACAUGACUUCCAGUAUAUCCAGUUUUACAGAAACAGAUAUUGACAGUAGUCCAUUCCUGAGAAAGGAAUCUGAGAGAGAAAUGCUGACAACUGCCUAUCAGUCACCACUCUCUGAGUUUUCUGAUUCCGUAUCUAAUGAGAAAGUGUUGGAAGACAUAGAAAAGAGUUGUGAGGAAAGCAAACCUGAGAAUAGCCACUUAGACACAGAUCCAGGUACUUUAUUAGUCAGCCCAGAUUAUGUAGUGUCACCAAAAUUUGAAGUUCCACCAAAUACACCUGCCUCUGGUUGUGCAGAAAUUACUCAACCUGCAAAGCUGAAAAAUCUCUAUUUGAUGCAGAACAAAGCUAAGUUGGAAAAAGAAGUGGCUGAUUUGUUGUCUGGAUUGACAUUGAAAUUCAGGCAUCCAGUUGGGUCAAACCUGGAAGAAUUUCAAGCCCAUGAUUCUGAAGCUGAUGCUAAUAAAGAUGAUGAAAAACAUAAUUCUUUGAAAAGUGACAUGAAAGAAUCUAGUGAUGAUGGUAAAGAUUUACCAAUUCAGACAGCGGACAGUGCCAUAAUAUCUGCCAACAGCUUUGACACAUCUGUAGAGGAACUUGAGAAGAUAGAUAUUUGUGUGAAGCAUGACCUCAGUGGAGCAGAGGAAGGAAGAUGCAGUCCAGAGGAGUACCUGUCUCUAUUACAACAGGUGCUUCCUAAUGUAACAUCCAUCACAAAGCUGAAAUCUGAGCAGGAACAUGGUGAUGUUCAAUGUAAUGUUGUCUCAUCUAGUAACAACACAGAGAAUGUUCCUAAGAGUGAUUCCUUGUUAAGUGAAGAAAGUUGUGCUGAGAUUUGUAAAUCACCCACAGAGUUUGUCAAUGUUUGUGAUUUGUCUGUUGCAGAGAAUGUUGAAGUUCCCUGUAAGUUACUGAAUGACGUGGAAAAGAAAAACUCUGUAGAGAAGGCUACUGAGGUGGUGGAAGAGGAACUUGACGCUGAUCAAGAUGUGUUUACUUCUAGGGAUGAUCUUGCUUUGGAAGACAGAGCUAUGAACAGGCCAGAGGACCCUCAUAAUUACUGUCUCAGUCAAAGUGAUGGAGCAAGGCUGUUUAAAAGCAUGUACGAAGUCAAAAGACCCGAGGAUUCUCUUGGUGGCAUCUACCAUUCUGAUGUUACAAAGAAACGCUACAAUUCUGCUAAAUCUUCCACAUCCAAGGGCAGUGAGAGUGAUGGACAAUUUACCAAACUGAAAAUGUCAAGAAAGCUUUCCAAGUCAGAUGAAAAAUUAAAACAGACCUCAAAACCUCCCUGGAAUAGUAACACUAAAGUUGAUCAUCUGAAGACUGGAAAUAUUACACCUUCAAGAAUACCUAAAGCUUCUAAAACUAAAUCAGGGAGUCUAUCAAAUACAAAACAAAUCGGUGAGAAGUCAAAGUCAGUGAAAGGAAAAAGUGAGGAUUUACCAUUAAAAGCAGAAGUGCCUAUUAAACACCAUGGUGGAGAUGCUGGCAGCACUGAUGAUGCUAAUCAGAAAAUUGACAAAGAAAAGCAUGGUCAUGUUGCAGAUGACAAGAGUGCUUUUUCAAAAGACAGCCAGAAAAAACAGUCUGCAAUGGAGCGAUCUGUCAGUUCAGAGAAAAGAAGGAAUGCAGAUCAAGCUCAGAAGGUUCUCUCUGAAAUAGAGAAAGGAAGAUGCGAGAUGGAUCAGGUGGAGAGAUCCCUUGAAGCCAAAAUGGAUUCCUGUUGUCAGUCAGUCCAAGCAAGUGGAAAUGUGGAGGAGGAAGAAAAUCAAAAACCUAAUGCAUCUGUAUCCACUAAAGAAAAACCUGUACCCAAGUGGAAGAGCAAGAACUCAAAAAAGAGCAAAGGUCGACAAAAGAAUCGGUGGUGAAUGUGCAAAGAAUCUCUACUAAGACUUUAUAAAUUUUUGUUUUUGGUGAAUUAGUUUUCUCUUUUGGUCAGUAUUAUUCGAACUUUGAAAUGUUUUAUUCAUGCAGUUUUGUAAAAGAAUCUUCAUGAUAAUAAAUAUAUUUUGUGUUAAUUUGGUACGUUUAAA